AUACUGACCGCGCCGGCCGGUCACAGCACUCCGCACGUUCAAUCGCCCCGUCGUAUUCCUCACUCCCAUACAGCAGCAUCGUCCCCGCCGGCGUACGAAACAGAGCACAAUUCUGAGCCAACAUGUCGUGGUCCGGCUUCAAGAAGAAUGUCGGCCGCGCGACGACGCAGGUCAUGAUGAAGACAGGCCACGUCGAAAAGACCAGCGACCGCGAAUAUGAAGUCGAAGAACGCCGCUACCGCACCCUCGAGUCUGCCUCGCUGCGAUUACAGAAGGAAGCAAAGGGCUACCUCGACUCGUUGCGAGCCAUGACUGCCUCCCAGAUGCGCAUCGCCGAGACCAUUGACGCUUUCUACGGCGACAGCGGCGCAUCAGACGGCGUCAGCAGAAGCUACAAGCAGGCCGUGGAAGAUCUCGACGCAGAGACUGUCAAGGCGCUUGAUGGGCCUUAUAGGACAACCGUGCUGGAGCCCAUCAAUCGCUUUUGCGCCUACUUUCCCGACAUCAACGAAUGCAUUAAGAAGCGAAACCACAAAAUGCUCGACUACGAUGCCAUGCGAUCGAAAGUCAAGAAGCUUGUGGAGAAGCCGGACAAGGAUCCCUCCAAGCUCCCACGCACGGAGAAGGAGACUGAAAUGGCGAAAGUCGCAUAUGAACAACUUAACCAGCAGCUGACGGACGAGCUGCCACAAUUAAUAGACCUUCGGGUACCCUACCUCGACCCAUCCUUCGAAGCUUUAGUCAAGAUCCAGUUACGAUUCUGCGCCGAAGCAUACAGUCGGAUGGCACAGGUACAGCAAUAUCUUGACGCAUCAACGAGAGACCAGUACGCAAGCGGUGAUCUGGACGCACGUGUGGAAGAUGUUCUUGGGCAGAUAAGAGAGCUCAGCAUUGCAGGCACGGUCUAAGAGACGCGUGCGCAGUGAGAGGCCUAUGACAAUGUUAUGAGAUGAGACAUGGAACGGAGUUGAUGAGAGCGAAGAAAGCAUGUUGCUCGCAAAUGAAGCGUAAUUCAAUCGCCUAGUACUACCACAAUUCUAGUGCCUGUGCAG